AGCCGUACCUGCGCGCGUCUAGUUGCGUGUAAGAUAGCCGAUGCGACUGACAUAUCCCAACUUAUCUUCCAUGUCGCUAAGUUAAGUACCUACGUCCUUCAUCCUUCACCUGUCAGCUUAGUUAUCUCUAGCGAUACUGACUAGGACAGCGACGCUAUCUUGUUUCAAGCCACAGCAUAUUCGGCUUUAACCAAGGUGCAGCAAUCCGCGCUAUCACUCCCCUUUCGUGCUCACGAAUUAUGCUCAAGUCCAACGUCUUCCGUUCACCUCGCAUCGUACCUCCUCGACACAAACCGACGCGCCCUCCAAAGCCUGACCCUGGUGUAGGCGACUUGUGGUUGCGAACGGCUGACUUAUCACCAGCAAACGCGUUGCUCUUUCAGCACGGAGACUUCGCUAGCGAACUCGCUUUUUGCGAGAUGUUUAUGCUGCGUAUACCAGAUCCGGACCCGAGCAAAUUCUUCGCUGAGCUCGAUACCUACUGCCUCUAUGCAGCCAUCUCCGUGCCCGUCGACUCUGGCGUUCCGUCAAGACACCGUGCGAGCCCCGUAGCCAUUGUGGAGAAAUGGGUAGGCUGCAGGGAAGUUCAAGACAGCCCCGGCUGGACACACUGGGUGCCCGGUAAAGCGCAGCGGUUUAUAGAAUCGCGCUCGGACGCCGGUAAAAAAAAUUCUGCCUUUGAUUUUUGCGACGACAGCAGCCCUCAUCGUAAAUCUCGGCUGUGUGGCGUCGAUAUUGGGUGUAGUACCAGUACUAGUACUACUAGUAUUGCUAGGCGCUUUUGUCCAUUCCCUGUGGUAGUACGAGCUGGUAGAGCAAGAUCGAGGAUGAUCUUGUCGGUGGCGUUGUUACUGUAUUUAGAUAUUGG